AUGUCAAAGAAACGAGCAACUGUUAUUGGUGCUGGAAUUUCAGGACUAACAACUGCCGUCUUGCUACAGAAAGAAUAUAAAGUUACAAUUAUUGCAAGAAACUUUCCAGGAGAAUUAAAAAGCGAAUAUGCUAGUCCAUGGUUAGUAAAUCAAAAAUCAUUUCUCAGUAAUUAUUGUCUUACAAUGCUCAAAAUAAAAAUGUAUAAUAGGGCUGGUGCCCAUUGGAGAAGCGAUGCAAAACCCGAAGAUACAAGGCAACAGGAUUUUGAUAGAGAAACUUUUAAUCACUUUUGGAACCUGGCCAAUACCAAACCAUCCGAAACUGGAAUAAUGGUUGUGGAUGGUUUUGACUAUUGGGAUGAACAUUCUCCAAUGGAAUGGAAAGAUCCGUGGUUCAAGGAUUUAUGCCCAGAAUACCGACAUUUAACGAAGAAAGAAUUGCCAACUGGUGUUGAAUUUGGGACUACGUAUAAGACCAUUACAAUUAAUCCACCCAAGCAUCUUGAUUAUCUCCUGGCGAGCUUUUACGCGCUUGGUGGAACUAUUAAACGUGCUUCUUUGACCCAUAUUCAAGAAGCAAUCUUUAAUGAUACUGAUAUUUUGAUAAAUUGUUCGGGACUUGGUUCAAGGACUCUAGGAGGUGUAUUAGACCAAAGUGUGCAUCCAGCAAGCGGGCAAACUGUAUUAGUGCAAUUACCUAUUGGACAUGUCAAUUGGACUUUCGGACGAUAUGCAGCUGGAAGGACAGAUGGUGGCACACACAGAAAAAAUGAAUCGCUUACCUAUGUAAUACCACGAGACAAUGGUGAAGUGAUUCUUGGAGGAACUUUUUGUCAAGACGACUAUUCAACUAUUCCUGAUACAAAGAUUGCAGAUGCAAUUAUUUCACGAUGUCUUUCAACGCGUCCAGACCUUUUACCCACAGGUGAAACCAAGCUUAAUAUCAAAAGACAUGGUGUUGAAUCUGAAAAGGCGGGUAAAAGAAUUUUACUCUGUCAUAAUUAUGGUCAUGGUGGAUAUGGAUGGCAAUCAAGUUAUGGUGCAUCGAAACAUGUAAUUCAAAUUUUGAAACAAGCUUAUAAAGAAGAUGGAGAAAAUAAAAAGAUAUAA